CACGCCUCUCCAUUUUGAGCUGUGUCAAAUAAACAAAGGGAGAGUGAGAGUACGACCGGAAGUGACUGUGGUUAUCGUAAUAAAGCAAAACAUUAGCGUGAGCUAGGCUGGUGCACAAAGGGUGCUUUUUAAAGAGACAUGCAAUCUGUUCUUACCAGCCCACCUACCUCCUCAUAACCCCUGGUGUUUCCAAUGCCUUGUUCUCUCAUUGGCUUAAACGUGCAGAAGUUCUGUUACCAGUGCAAUAAAAGGAAGGAGACAGCCUGCAUCAAUCAUCAGUUGGAGGGAAUGGAAUGAAGAAUUAACACCAUCUACAUCAGAGGAGCUUGUGGUUUCUGGCCCUCAGUAUGCUGUCCAUUCGCCUUGUUUUCCUGAUCACUAUCCUUGUGAUUGUGACGACUAUGCUGGCCUCCAGCUCCGGAACCACACGCUGGCCCAAACCUCAGAGCACCAAGAAGCCCCCUCGAGCCGGUAGCAGUGGCGGAAGUGGAGGUGGAGGAUUCAGACGGACCACCACCACCACGACAACAGCUCCUUUCAACAUGCACACAGAUGAGACAACUGAGGUUAUGAUGGAUGCUUACUCCCUGUCCCAUACAGACAGUACCACCUACUCCAGUGACACUUACCCUACUGAUUUCCACACUGAUGCCAUAGUGCCACCUGGGAACACUCAAGGAAACUAUACCCUUGACUAUAAUGAGUGCUUCUUCAACUUCUGUGAGUGCUGUCCACCAGAGAGAGGCCCCAUAGGGCCCAUGGGAGAAAGAGGGCCACCGGGACAGCCAGGAGAGAGGGGACCCCCGGGAUUAACGGGAGAGAAGGGAGAAACAGGGCCCAGAGGACCUCCAGGACCAGCAGGACUACCUGGAGCCAAUGGACUUAAUGGCGACAUAGGUGAAAGAGGUGAUCAAGGGCCGAUGGGUGAGCCUGGGGCCCCUGGGAUCCCAGGAAAACCAGGAGAGAAAGGUGAUCCAGGCCCCAAAGGAGAGAAAGGUGAACGUGGCUUCAGUGGUCUGAAAGGGGACCCUGGAGAAAGAGGAUGGCCUGGUCUGAAUGGGACUAGGGGCCAGCCGGGACGUGAGGGGCCUAUGGGUCCCCCUGGGCUAGCAGGGCCAAAGGGUCAGAAAGGUGAACAGGGACUUACAGGCGAGUGUUUACCGGGCGCAAAAGGUGAUGUGGGUGAGCAUGGUCUGAGAGGUGAGAUGGGUCCUCCAGGAGUGAAUGGAACUGAUGGUGCAAAAGGAGAGAAAGGGGAGCCGGGAGCAAAGGGAGAUACUGGUGCCCGAGGGCCCCCAGGACCUCCAGGAGCAAGGGGCAUGGCAGGGCUGAGGGGGGAGCGGGGACUUAAAGGCGUGCGAGGGCCUCGUGGACCUAAAGGUCCACCAGGAGAAAGCGUGGAGCAAAUUCGCUCUGCCUUCAGUGUGGGAUUAUUUCCAAGCAGGUCUUUCCCUCCACCCAACCUUCCUGUGAAGUUUGAUAAGGUGUUUUACAAUGGGGAGGGACACUGGGACCCAGCCCUUAACAAGUUCAACGUCACCUACCCAGGGGUCUACCUAUUCACUUACCACAUGACCGUGCGCAACCGGCCUGUGCGUGCUGCCUUAGUGGUUAAUGGGAUACGGAAGCUGCGGACCAGAGAUUCUCUAUACGGCCAGGACAUCGAUCAGGCAUCCAACCUUGCACUGCUGCAUCUGAAUGAAGGCGACCAGGUGUGGCUGGAGACGCUGAGAGACUGGAAUGGAGUUUAUUCCAGCAGUGAGGAUGACAGCACUUUCUCUGGCUUCCUGCUUUACCCAGACUCAAAGAACAAACCUACUGCCUAAAACCUGUGACCACAACCUUUGAAUGAGCUCUGAUCGUGACCUCUCGUAGAGUCUGCAAAAUCUUCAGCCUGUUGCACUGUUCUCUCAAAUUAUUGUGAUACUCCAGCUUCAGUAUCUGCUCACUGUUGUCAUGCUAAUCAAACCAAAUGCUUUGCUUGCCUUGCUAUAUUUGAAGAUGGAUGAGCCUUAGUUAUACUGCUGAAUGCAACAAUUCAGUCCUUUGUAAUAUGCAUUA